AUGACCCCCAACGCCCCCAUCUCAGACCACGCUGAUCCGACUCUGCAGGGACAAAGCGGCAGGGAGAGCGGGGGCAGGCUGGUCACCCGGCGGUACACACAGACGCGGGGAGAUGAGCCACCAGAGAAGGGAGUGCUGGAAGUGCUGGAGGUGCCGGGACGUCUGCCCGACCCCGGGCUGUCCAAAGGUCGCCUCUGCGGCCUUCUACCCCUCGCCAAGUUUGUCAGCUGCAUCUACUGAUUCUGUACAACUUCAGCUAACAUGAAAGUCUGGAUAUUCUUCCUCUUUCUCCUUCUGAGUUCAACACUCGGAGAGGACACAGUGGCAGAGGACAUCGGUGUGCAUCAGCUGGAGCGCUUAGUGGAGCUGCUGACGUCUACGGAGUGUGAGGACCUUCUGUUCGCCCUCUCUCACCCAGAGGAGAACAUCUUCCAGCACCUUGAGCGCCUCUCACCAGAAAAAAAUCAACUAAAUCUUAAGCCUCGACCCAAGAGAGACACCUCUUCUGCUGCAGAUGGUGAGGCUCAGUGUCGGACGGCCCUGACAGACUGGCUGCUGAGGUACGGCGAGCAGACCUACUAUGACAGGCUUUCUCGCGCCUUGCAGCACAUCGGCAGGACGGACAUUGCCAUUGAAGUGGGGAAGAACAUCAACCAGGACAAACUCUUGAGCCUGAAACGCUACGUUGAAGACUAUCACAAAUAUGUCACUUCCUUAAACUCCCCACCGCUACAAUCACACACAAAAGACCAACAGCAUGAAAAACAGAGGGUCAGAAAAAGAAAAGUCAGGGAUCUUACGUGGCGUGACAUGGAUCUGAUUGUGGAGCGGGCCCCUGUCGCUCAGUACCAGAAGGGGCCUUUGGGUGUAGUUCAACCCCUUUGGUAUGGCAUGCUCCUGGGUUUCGGAGGUACCUUGCUCGUAGGCAUUUCCAUACUUCACAUCAUCUUAUACAUCUCCCAGAGGAAGCAGCAGAGGCGUCACCCCAGGGCCCCCGGGAGUAAGCUUAUGGUUGGAGAUGUUAUGUUGGAAAUUUAA